AUGUGGAAUGAGUUUGAACGUCUGGCUAAUGAUGACACAAGAAGUGGACAACUGAACUUAUGUGGAACUGCCUCGUACCAAGAGGAUACUCUAAUUAAAAUAACGUCCUCUGAAAAGGUCUUGUGUAAUCCGCAAAUUAAUGCAUGCAACUCGAGUGAUGGCUGCAUUAUUGUGGCGGACAAAUCAGUGGCACUUCUUGAUACCUUUUGCCAGUCUUUUCAGAUGCACAUUCAAUUUGAUACUGAAGUGGAUGUGGUUGGCUUGUGUCAAAAAGGACAGUUUCUUGUGGUCGGUGAGAGAAGUGGUAACCUACAUCUUAUUCAUGUACCAUCAAAGCAAACUUUGCUAACUAAUGUUUUGGUUCAGAAAUCUGCAAAUGAAAAGACUUAUCGAAACCUUAUUAUAGAAAAAGAUAAUGCAGAUGGAGGAAUCUAUCAUGUAUUCAUUCUCACAAGCAAUGGAUUCUUUUGCAUUAUGUGCCUCCCACUUGCAAAAAUCCAGGAAGCAAUUGACAAGAUGGACAUGAUUACAGCAAAGAAGUUACAAGGGAUGAUCAAGACUGCUUUUAUUUCUACAAAGGAUUAUCACACCCUUGGUUGUCUGAAUUUUGUGACUGGUGACUUGAUGAACAACAUCCUGCUGAUAAUUGGGGGUAAAGGUGACUGUGUGCUCUCCAAAUGGGAGGUGGAUCCUAGUAAAAACCUGGCGUCCAUUCAAAGUUUUGCGGAUUCAAGUAUGAUUACAGAUGCAGUGCAACUUGAGGUCAUAGACAACUUGUUGUUUGUCUUGGAUAGUGAAAACGUUUUGAGCAUGUGGGAUGUUUAUUCUCUUACCUUGACUUGGGAUUGGCCUUUAGUUCAUAUUAAAGAAUUUCUUCUAACUACAGAAUCAGAUUCUUCUUCAGUCAUAAGACAAGGGAUUUCCAGCCUUAAACUAAUAACCUUGACAGUACCUGUCAACAAACAGAUGAGAAACCUCAUGGUUUUUUCACUGCCUGCAAUGCACCUGCUCUAUUCUUUGGAAGUAUCUGACGUUUCUUCACUGGUUCAAAGUGGAAUCAGCACAGAUACAAUAUACUUUUUGGAAGGUAUUAAUGAAAAUCACGAAGAGUCCCCUGAAGGCCCGGUGUCUGUCUUAGUAUUGAGAAGUUUAACAGAAGCCUUGCCAGAAAACAGAUUAAGUCGCUUACUUCACAAGCACAAGUUUACUGAAGCUGAGAAUUUUGCGAUUCAGUUUGGACUGGAUGUUGAGCUUGUUUACAAAGUAAAAGCAAGUGCUAUUUUAGAGAAAUUGGCUUCAUCUUCCAUUGGGAGUUAUGGCCAAACAGUUUGGUCAGACCUUGUGGAUGAAGCUAAAGAAAAUCUGCAUAAAACACAGGAUAACCAUUUUGUCGUGGAUUACUGUAUAAAUGCUCCAUGGCCAACGUAUGAAACAACUCAGGAAAUGUUAAACUAUGCUAAAAUCAGAAUCUUGAAGAGGGAUGACAAAAUGAUUGCUUCCUUAUCUGAUGGGGUUCAAGUGUCCAUAACAGAAGUACUGAGAGCUCAAGCAAGACUAACUACUUUCUAUGGAGCCUUUGGACCAGACAAAUUCAGUGGAAUUGCUUGGACUGAAUUCUUGAAUAAUGAAGAUAUUUUCAAGAACAUCCUCUUUCAGCUACAAGAAGGCAAUCUUCCUUGUGCGCAGUACCUCUGGCUUAGGCAUCAGGCAGAUUUUGAAAGCAGCUUUGAUGUGAAAAUGCUGGAGGACCUGCUUCACACAAUCUGUGCCACCAUUCCUGUAAAAGAACUGUGUCUGUGGUUUAAAAAUGUUGUGAUUCCUUUCGUAAGGAGGGUUGUGCCACAAGGACAGAAAAUAUUAGCAAAAUGGCUAGAACAAGGAGCUCGAAAUCUUGAAUUAACUGAUAAGGCAAAUUGGCCAGAAAAUGGACUUCAAAUGGCAGAAGUGUUUUUUACAAGUAAAAAUCCAGGUGAACUGGGACUUGCAUCUUCCUGGCGUUGGAUUCCCUUGAAGUGUGGCGAUUGUGAAGAGGUACAUCGGUUAAAGAAGUUAGUGAAUGAUUUACAAGAAUUGGUAGAUCUCUACAGAAAGUACAGCUGCAAACUAGCGCUCUGUAAUUUUGAAAAGGAGAAUGCAAGUACAAUAGUAUUCCGCAUGUUUGAUAAAGUUUUGGCACCAGAGCUCAUUCCAUCCAUUUUGAAGAAGUUUAUAAAGCCAUACAUACAUGAACAUAAUCUACAACAGGAUGAACUUCUCUUGCAGUAUAUAAAGGACUUGCUAGAGCGCUGUCGCACACGAUCUACAUCAGUGUUUGAAACUGCAUGGGAGGCAAAGGCAAUAGCUGUCAUUGGCUGCAUAUCUGAUACAGAUCUGAGAUUUGAUGCAGUACUGCAGAUAAUGCAUGGUGCUGUGGUGCCUUGGAGUGCAGCUGUGGAGCAGCUGGUGAAGCAGCAUUUGGAAAUGAAACAUGUCAAAGUGAAGUUAUUGCAGGAAAGUUCCAGACUGAUGGAGAUGAAGAAGCUGUUACGGGGCUAUGGGAUAAGAGAUACUAAUCUUUUAAAGGACAAACAGAUGAUAAUGAGACUGGUGAAAUACAUUCUGAAACAAGAUACCCCUACUUCUCUGGAAGAUGCUCUAAAAAUUGUGGCAACAUAUAUGUUGCCAAGUGUGGAAGUCUAUAUUUUAAGGAUGGUGGACCUGAUUGAUCGAGAUCGGGGAGAGGAAUCUCUAAACUUAUUAAAAUCUCUGCCCAUUGCUGAGGCAGAGGAAGUUGCAGAGAGAUUGUCUAUAUGGGCAAGAUUGCUUCUUUCUGCAAUACCAGAUAAUUCUGAAGAGCGCAAAACGCAAAUGUGUGUAACAAAGACACUUGUGGAGGUUCUUAAAUUCCUGCUUCGCAUUCAGAAAGAAAAUCCUCUGAAGGAAGAUGAAUGUAAAGCAAACUUAAAAACGUUUGAAACACUUGCUAGCUUGCAGGAGGAUUUCGAUAUCUUUAUUUCCAUCAAGGAUUAUGGGAAUCCUUUGUUGAUGUCUCAGCUCCUUGAAGAGCACAUAAAAGCCUAUGAAAGAAUCCAAUCCAUGGCAAAAUCUAGAAAAGUGCAAACAACAAAGAACUGUUCCACUGAAUCAAGACUCUACAGACUAGCUUUACUUCUGCAAAUUACAGAGCAAGAGUUGGGGGCAAAGCUGGCACUGAGGUCAUUAGAUGCUGGAAAAAUUGAAGAGGCACUAAAGAUAUGCAGAGAUUUAUAUGAACAUCACUGUAAUGAACAAACAGGGAAGUUGCUAUUUUUAGCUUGUCAAAAGCUUUGUCAUAUGUUGGGAGCUGAUGUUCCAAUGAUCACACCUAAAGGACUGAACUUUCCAGCAGUGAUAAAUGAGAUGGCAUGCCAAGCAGCUACAAUAUGCAGUCCAGAUCUGUUAUUAGAUUGUCUGGAGCUAUGUAAAUACACAUUGGCUGCUAAGGAAAUUUACGGACAAUGCCAAACGGAAAACUAUGGAUUUAUGGCAAAGGCAGCAUCUUGUGGAGCUGAUAAGGAUCCUUAUGAAGAAUGGACCUAUGAUGAUGAUUUCUUUAGUGAAGAUGGGAUAGCUCUUGAUCCACAGAUGGCGCUCCCAGUUGCAUAUGAAACUAUUUCGUCCCUUGUGCCUGUUGCUGAUAACAAGAUGUAUCCUUUGGACUCUGUAAGCUUGGCAAACUGUCCAUUUAUUAAAGGACAGAACCGUCUGUUGCCAGUCAAAACGCCCAUCUGUGCACUGCUUGAGAACCUAAUGGAAAGCAGUCAGUGUGAGUUAGCCUUGCGACUAACAGUCUGUCUGUUUGGAUCCUGUCUUCAGCACUGUGUAUCAAACAACAUGGAUAUGUGCCUGGGUGAGAAGUUACAUGAUGGCAAAAUGCUAGCUGAUGCCAAAAGCUUUCUUAUUGCUAUGAAACAAAAGUCCACUUCAGUGAUUGUCACUGCUGUCCUGGCCUUAUUACACAAGGUUUUCAACUGUCGUCUGGUAGAUCAUAACCUGGCAUUGGGUUACUGCACAAUUUUGCCCAAGGAAGAUAUGUUUGAAAAACUCUGGAAUGUCAUAAACAACACAAGGCAAAAUUACAACAAAAUUCUGGCAGUAGCUCUGGUUGGAGCGCAGCUUGCUAGUCAGUAUGAUGAAGCAGGAGAGAGGCAAAAAUUCAAGGAAUUAAUUACUGAUGCAGAGUGGGGUAUCCAGCUUGGUAAACUUGAUAUUUCUUUCCAGACUGUAUUUAGGCAGCCAUCAAUAAGAAAGAAAGAACUCAUAAGAACCUUGGUACAGAAUCCGAAUGUAGACACAGACCUUAUAUUGAAAUACUGCAGAACUUUCAUGUUGGACAGUGAUGCAGCACUGCAGCUUUGCAUCGAAACACUCCUUCUCCAGAGUGCUAAUGCAAAUCAAGUUGAAGGAGACUCUGCAGGGGAUACUGUGAAGCAGCCUCAUUCCACACUACUGGCCAAAUCAGUAAAAAUAAUUCCUUUACUGAAAAGCACAAAAGACCUGGUCAUUAGCCUUAGUGGAAUACUACAGAAGCUUGAUCCAUAUGACUAUGAAACUAUAGAAAAUGUACUGAGAGUGAUACAAAGAGCUGAUAAAAAUAGCACAAGUAUCCAGCUUAACCAGGCUUUGAGCUUAUUGAAACACCUGGAAUCCUAUAAAAGAACUUCCCCUCCUGUGGAUCUGGAACACCAAUAUAUUUUAGAGCAUGUGAUUUCCCUGUCUCCAGCUGCUCAAACCAGGCUGCCUUUUCAUUUGAUAUUCUUCAGAACCACGCAGUGUUUCUGGAGUAUUAUAUCUGCAGAGCUUACUGAGGAGUCCUUCCCAACUCUUCUCUUGAUUUCCAAACUAAUGAAGGUUUCACUGGAUACCCUAUACAUGUCUGCAGCCAGGCGUGUCUUUGAAAAAAAAUUGAAGCCAAAAGAAUUUGAACUGACAAAAGCUGGAUGUUCAUCAGUGAUUAACAAGGAAACUAUUAAAACUGUGCAAACCAUUCAAUCCUAUCUGCUAUCUAUAGUUAAUCCAGAAUGGGCUGUAGCUAUUGCUCACAGGAUUGCACAAGAACUUCCAACAGGGCCUGACCAUAUUCAGGUAUUGAAAUUCUGUCUCUAUUUAGCUGAGAAAUGGCUAACAAAUACUACAACCAAGGAUGAAUCGCACGAAAAAGCUGAAGUACUGCUGGAGAAGUUACGUAUGCAGUAUCAGAGAUCAGCCACAGAAACUGUGCUAAUAACCCACAAAUUAAGCACUGCAGAGCAUCUGAAACUGACUGGAAAGCCAGCAAAUCUUAUUGUUUUACUCUAUGAGCACAGCAGCAUAAACCAAAGGAUUCAAAAUCCAACCGACAGAGAUUAUCCAGAUAUUCAUGCAGCAGCUAAGGAAAUAGCUGAAAUUAACAACUUGGAUAUGAACAAAAUCUGGGAUAAAUUGCUUGAAAAAUGGCUGUGUCCAAAUAUACCAAUGGAUGAAAAAACUCAAAGCUUUGGGGAUAUACAGGAAGAUGAAGAACUCAGGAGAGUUGUAUAUCUACUUCAACCACGCCCAAUGGAUUACAGCUCAAGAAUGCUUUUUGCAAUUACAACAUCUGCCACAUCUCCCAUUGGUGUAAACCAGUUGACAUUUGCCCAGAGAAGCAGAGCUCUUAAGUGUCUGAUCUACUUAGCAGAUGCAGAUACAGUUGAAUCGCUGUUUAAGAAACCCAUUGAGAAAGUAAAGUAUUUUCUGCAAUGCUUCAUUUAUCUGGCAGAGUUGGAAAGACUGAACAUUCCGUACACCUAUGAAUCCUUUCACAGGAGUCCUAAAGAAGGAAUGAUUAAGGAACUGUGGAAAAACCAUAGCCACGAACCCAGGGCUGUCAGACUGAUGACUGAACUCAGUUUAGAAUAUAAAGUGCAUGAUCCUCAACUAUGGAGUGGCUUACUGCAGAAACUACUUGGUUUCAAUAUGAUUCAUUAUCUCAGGGAAGUCUUGAUAGCAAUUAUUGGGGUUCCUUCAUUAUGGCAGAUUCUUAACUUUAGCCGAGCUUGGAGAAGUGUAAUUCUGGCACCGUUUCUUGCAGCUUCUUGUCCACCCAGUCCUAAGCAGUUAGAGGCAUGCUGUGAAUGUUUUGUACUUCUACUGAAGUGUCCUGUUCUAGCUGAUCUAGAUAUAAUUGGAAUUGCAAGGCAAUAUGCACAGUUGGACCUUACAGCUUUUGCUCUGGGAUGCUUGCUGCUGAUUCCCCAGACUGAGAAGAGGGAGCAACAGAUUCAGGGUUUCCUAUCUUCAUGUAACCCAGAGACUGUCCUACAGCAAGUAGAUGAACACAUGAACACUGGUGAGGUAGCAGGCUUUGCAUCACAGAUUAGGUGUUUAAUUCUGGACAACAUCAUAAACGAGAAACAAUAUGAACGAUUUUUUAAAACAAAAUACUUCCCAUUAUUGAAGUUACAAGUGAUGAACACUCACAGAGUGAAAGAAUUAGUGGAUUACCUUGCCAACAAGAGCUGCAUGGAUGAUGCAGCAGCUCUAAUAGUAGAAUAUCAGAAACAAUGUGGAAAUCCCAUUCUGGCAGAUAAAUCUUGUGAUAUUUUGAAGAUGUUUCUGAGUGGACCAGAGUAGACUUCUGCAUUUUCUUAUUGGAAACAGCUACCCAGAGGAGCAUGUAACUUGAUCUAUAUCCCUUCUCUUUCGGGGCAAGAUUGUUUCAAACUCUAUUGGUCACAUGCAUUGUGUUUAAAGGGGAACUAAGUUGAAACCUCCUAAGUACCCUUUCAACAAAAGUUACCAUUCACUUUUUUUAUCAUUCACAUUGGUUUAUCAUUCAAGAUAAGUUUUAUAUAAAUAAAACCUGACUGAUUGAAAAACAAGUUUAUUACAACAUUAAAGGUUGUUAUUUAACAAGACUGAUUAUACACCUAAGGCAUUUUGCACCGUAACAGGAUAUUUUACAAGCUGAACCAUACAUAGAAAACAAGCAAGAGGGUGCCAUUGUCUGAAAGCUAUGUAUUAUAAACUAGUUACCCUGCUAUAGGCUACAAGCAGUUAGCAAGUAUUUAAUACUGCAAACAAUCAAAUAUUGCAGACAGUUUGUGGUUCUUGAAUGCUCAGUUACUUGACAAGAACAA